AUGAAAACAAAUGAAAAAGAUGAAAUACUGUUGAGUAAAAUUUAAACUGAUACUGUUCAAAAAGAAAAGCUGAAUCAAUAAAAUCAAGUAUUAUUUCUCACUAAUCAAAGGAAAAUCAUGUUAUCAUAAGCAUCUUGAGAAGUGAACAAUAAACACAAAUGCCUUCAAUUUAAGCAUCUCAAAGUGACUUCUUUAUUAGAUGUAUGAAAUUAUUCAUAUAUUAUAUAGAAAGUUAAUAAGAAAACAUUGAUUCUUAAUUAGAAAAUAAUAAGAAGUUCUAAGAACAAUCCUUAUCGAAUAUUGAUGGUCUAUUAUCAAAAUCUCAUUAGCUUAAAAAUAAUACAGAAUUACAUAAAUCCUCGUCAUUCUCUUAAAUAUUUCCAUUAUUAGAUGAUAAUUUGACAUGUAUUUCUUAAACUUCAUCCUUGUAAAUGAUUAUAAUAAUUUUCAGUAUAUCAUUGGAAAAACAAAAAUUGUCAAUUCAAACAAAUAAAAAAAUUAAGAAACGAAAGAGCAGUACUGUUGGAGGUGCUAAAACUUAAAUCAGUAGAAAACAGAUUAUUAUAAAAUGCAAAACUUAAAGAAUAUCAGAUAAACUAAUAGAAUAGCCUACUUCCAUUUAAAUUGAACAAUAGGAAUUCGUUCCAGUUCCAUCAAUAGAAGCUAUAAUACACUAAGAAGCUAUAUUGAAUGAAAAUAGUAUAUAUUCCUUUUAUACUUUCUCUAGCACUCUAAUUAUAAAAUUAAUACUAUAUGCAGAAUUUAAUUGGAUAUUUAAUGGGAACAUUGAAAGACAAUUUUAUGGCUUAAAUGUACUUAAACCAUUUCUCUUAAUUAUAUGACAACCUAUAAAAAUCAAAAUUAAUUGUAUGCCCAUAAGAAUAUACUUUGUCCAACUAAAUUUAACCUUAAAAAAGUAUCAAAGUAUUAUUAAAUCAAGAAAUGUAGAAAACCUUGAUUAUAGAUUUAGAUGAAACACUAGUACAUUGUAAUGAGUUUAGUUGUUUAAAGAGUGAUUUUUUCAUUCCAGUAAUAUUUAAUGAGCAAAUCUAUUAGGUAUGUAUAAUUUAUAUUUUAGGUUGGUAUAAGCAUAAGACCAUAUGCAUAACAAUUCUUGAGGAAUAUGGCUAAGGAUUAUGAAAUCAUAAUUUUUACAGCUUCAAAUCCAGAUUAUGCAAACAAAAUUAUUGAUUAUUUAGAUCCACAACAUAAUCUUGUAUCAUAUAGAUUGUUUCGUGAUGAUUGUAUACAAAUAUCAAAUAAUUGUCACAUAAAAGACUUACGAAUUCUAAAUAGAAAUAUGAAAGAUAUUCUUUUAGUGGAUAACUCAGCUUACUCAUUUGCUUUUUAAGUUGAAAAUGGGAUACCAAUAAUACCAUAUCUAGAUGAUAAAAAUGAUAAAGUAUAAAUUAAAUUAAUUCUUCAAUAGGAAUUAGUACAUUUGUAACAUUAUCUCCAGCAUGUAAAUCAAUUUGAUGAUGUUCGUAAUUAAAACAAUAAGAUUUUUAAUUUGAAAACAGUUCAAAAUUGUGUUUCUAUUGUAGAGGCUAUUAAAAAGUUAUAAGCCUCAUUCUCAAAGUGAC